AUGUUUGAACUGCUUCGAGACACGGCAUUCGGGAAGCUCGUUCGCAUCACAAGCGGAUACCGGCUUCUACCAUAUCCCGAGGAAUGUGACACUUCCAUCGCGUCAAAUUACAUCGAUAACGCAACAGAGGCCGGAGUCAAGUUUCCCGACCUGGAAGCAAAUGAAAGCAUUCUUGAGCCCAACGGGCUGCAGACUAUCAUGUCCCAAGCGUCGAAUCGGUCACCGGGAGUCACCAUCCAUGCGCCCGGCCACGCGGAUGAGAAGACCAUCAUUGUGGGAUGGAGACCAGGUGACACCGAGAAUCCCCAAAACUGGAGCCUCGGCAAGAAGCUAUUGGUCAGCUCACUUAUCUGGCUUUUGACCUUUGCCAUAUACAUUGGCUCAGCCAUCUACAGCCCCGGUAUUCCGGGGGUAGCGGAUGAGUUUGGGGUAAGCACUGUGGCCUCAACAUUAGGCCUAACGCUGUUUGUGCUGGGGUAUGGUAUCGCACCCAUGAUCUGGUCGCCUCUUUCCGAGCUUCCGACAGUCGGCAGAAGCCCUAUCUACCUCUUUACGCUUCUCGUAUUUGUUAUUCUGAACUUCGGCGUUCUCUACGCCAAGAACUUUGGUAUGCUCCUCGCAUUUCGCUUCCUUACUGGGUUUAUUGGAUCCCCAGCCCUGGCGACAGGCGGCGCAUCUAUGGGCGAUAUCUGGACCCCCCGAGCGCGUGACUAUAUGAUUGUGGUGUGGGGGGCUUUCGCUAUUGCAGCACCCGUCUUAGGACCUAUGGUCGGCGGCUUUGCCUCAGCAGCCAAGGGCUGGACGUGGACUAUUUGGCAGUUGAUUUGGAUCUCUGGCCUCGCAUUGGUUGUCUUGUUCUUCCUGCUGCCCGAGACGUAUGGACCAAACAUUCUCUAUAGACGGGCGCGGCGACUGCGCAAAAUCAAUGCAAAGCCGUUCUACUGCGAAGCGGAGCUGGAACUGCAAAGCAUUUCGUCUACUGAGAUCCUCUUUGAAGCCCUCGUCCGCCCCUUCCAGCUCUGCUUUCUCGAACCCAUCGUCCUCGUGAUGAACAUCUACAUUUCACUCGUCUACGGCAUCCUCUACAUAUGGUUCGAGGCCUUCCCAAUCGUCUUCCAGGAGAUCCACGGCUUCAACGCCGGUGAGGGCGGUAUGGCCUUCCUAGGGAUUAUCACUGGAACCAUCUGCUUCGCCCUUCCCGGCUACUUCGCCUGGAAGUACUUCAUUCAAUCCAAGCAGUCUACCAGCACGCCCGAAGGGCAGCUUCCGCCGGCCAUCGUUGGCAGCAUCUGCCUGCCCGUGUCGCUGUUCUGGUUUGGGUGGACCGGGAACUUCGAGUCCGUCCACUGGAUUGUGCCUAUCAUGGCCUCAGCUCUCUUCUCGGUCGGGGGGUGCUUGAUCUUCAACCCGAUCUUCUGUUAUUUGACACAUGCCUACCCGCACUAUGCCGCCUCGGUGCUGGCCGGAAACGACUUCAUGCGGUCGUCCUUUGGUGCUGGCUUCCCCUUGUUUGCGGCUGCCAUGUUCCACAAUCUGGGCGUUGGGUGGGCGUGCACGUUGCUUGGAGGGCUGACUUGUCUUUUCGUGCCGUUCCCGUUCGUGCUAUACUGGUGGGGGAAACAGCUGCGGUUGCGGAGCCGGUUUGCGAGACAUGAUAUUUGA